AUGGACUCAGCUUCAUCACAGUACAUCUCCGCUGUCUCUGAGAACCGCGGCGGGUUCAGCUUUGACAAUGUCAAGCGCAACAAGCAAAUGGUCGCCAACGGUGUGAUCCGUCCCUUCACUACUAUGAAGACUGGUACCACCAUCUGUGGUGUUGUCUGUGCCUCUUGUGUUGUUCUUGGGGCUGAUACCAGAGCCACUACUGGCCCUAUCGUGGCUGAUAAGAACUGCAAUAAGCUGCAUUACAUGGCUGAGAACAUCUAUUGCGCUGGUGCCGGUACUGCUGCUGACCUAGAGCAUACUACGAAGAAGAUCAGAAGUCAGAUGGAGCUUCACAGGCUAGCCACUGAGGCCCAGCCUCGUGUCGGGACUUGUGUGAAACGGUUGUCUGACUACCUCUUCCAAUACCAGGGAUAUGUCGGCUGCGCGUUGGUUCUUGGUGGUGUUGAUGUGAAGGGGCCUCAACUCUAUCAGAUUUACCCUCAUGGGUCCACCGAUUCCCUCCCUUUUGCUGCAAUGGGCAGCGGUAGUCUCGCGGCUAUGUCCGUCCUGGAGACAGGAUACAAGGACAAUAUGACUGCUGAUGAGGGUGUUGAACUUGUGAAGAAGGCGAUUACGGCUGGUGUCAUGAACGAUCUUGGAUCUGGUGGGAACGUCGACUGCGUCAUCAUCACCAAAGACAACAGCCCGAAACACAUCAGGCCAGCAGCUCGACCGACACCAAGGACGUUCCGGAACCCUGCUGGAUAUAAAUUCCCUAUUGGUACUACCCCAGUGGUGACUAGCGUGACGAAAACAAUCUUGAAAGACGGCGAAUUCGUGGCGAUCGAUGCCGAUGGGGACCAGGAAAUGGUAGUGGUGUCAACUACCUGA